CAUGCGGGUGUUCGGCCGCCUCACCGGCGAGACUACGUAUACAACAAGUAUAUACGCAUAUCAAGGGGAGACCCCAGGACGGAAGGAUGAAAGCGAAAGGGAGGGGAGAGCUGGUUGAGGAUCCUCAGGAUUCAGACUGCUCUCCCACCUACUCCGUACAAAUAUUGACGUGGGGGUCUGGUCACUCCCUGGGGCGAAACUCGCCUUGAUUGAGGGCAGCCCAGAGGCAUACGGAGCAGGUAUGCAACCAGUUUCUUGAAGAAGAAAAAGGUCACAGCAUGCAUGAUCUGUGCUGUCACCCAUCCAUGGUUUACUUGCCGCGAUCCCGCCUGUCAUGGCCCAAAACCUUCGGAGCCUCCCCUAGCUGGCUGGAGGAUAAGCAUAAGGUACAACGGAACCGUGGAUCCAAAGGGACCAGGAGAACUCCUCUUCCCGAUCUCCCCAAAAGCUAAUUACCAUGUCGAAUAAAGGGCCAUCGCAAAAAAGGCGAUGUUGGCUGGCUACAGGGGGAAUGGGCUACCUACCAGCGGACCGUGUGUCCGGGGGGGGGGUCAGAACGCAAGAUACGGGAUGCACCAUCAAUGCGAGACAGGGUGCCCAGUCACAUGGAGAACAAACACAGGCAGAGCGGAAGAUUGCUCUCAAAUUUCCCUCGGUAUUGUCUAUCAACUUUACCCCGGCGGGCCAAUCAACAAGGUGUGAGAUUCCAGCUCGAAUCCAGGGAUUCGAUUCCCCUCUUCUGGAGCCUUGCUUGGUACGCUUGAUACACAUCCAGCAUGAAUGCCAAAGCUUACGGUACAUACCAAAUUGGGAGGGAGCUUGUCGAAAACAGCCCAUACGCCGUAUAGGUUACGUGUGGAACAUUUGCUCGCCGGAGUUUUGGCCUAUGUGACCCGGAUAGGUGCAUGGCGGGCUGGCGGGUAGAAUUGCGAAGAUGGCAUGCCAGAAAACGAGCCAUUAUCCAUGAAUCAAACGACGAGCGAUUAAAGGAUUCCGUUUGAUAUGCAGUUUCCCUCGUCAUCGUUGCGUACUCGCCCGCAUGUGCCGAAUAUGCCAUGGUUCGCACAUACAUAUCCUUUGUGACCGCAUCAAAGGGGGCAGACAUCCGGCCGUGUGCAAAAAAAAAAAAGGGGGGGGAAGGGAAGGGGGCCUGAGGAAACAUGAGAAGAAUUCUCUGCCCGACAAGAAAUCGACAGGAUCUAUCUCUUCUUUUAAACUGUCCACGCCUAGAAUUGACUGAUGGCAGACCCAGCAUGAUGCAAUAAUACGUCGAGCUAGUUAGCUACAAGAAAACUCCGUUCGACUCUAGCUGGCUUCGAGGAGCUCGACGGGCGGACGGUGGAUCCCCCAGGCCCAU